GGGUCGACAGCUGGCGAUAGCUCUUCCCUUCACUGUCUUCAGUCUUCACGAUCGUCUUAACUCAUUGUUCUUUUCUUGUUAGCCUUACUUUGUUGUUGGUGCAAGUUCCAUACUACUUCCAUAUUCAUACAAACCUUUGUAUGUAGCUUUCUAGCUGUGUUACACUCACUAUUCAGUUGUGUCGGGGUCGAUUUCAUUUUGGAGAUAAGUUUAGCUAUACUUGAACCUGGAAGAAGUCAGACAGAAAAGAGAAAAGAAGUAACUUAGGCCUAACCUUAGGAAUUUUUGUGCUGGUGGUAACUUAUUAUUGGUAACUUUGUUUCUAAGCACAUUUCAAACAGAUUUAAAGAAGUGUUAAUGAAGUGAAUGUGAAUCAAUUUUGUCUCCAAAUACGCCCUCUUUUUGUAAAUCGCCCACUUUUUGUAAAUAAAAAAUAAACUGAGUUGAGUUUCAGAGAUUUGUAGAAACUUAUCCUUGCACCUAAAUGCAUAUUAGAUCCUAUAAGUUCUUUCAACAAGCAAGUUUUUGUAAAUCAUCAUUUGGCACCACCUCUAAAUUUCAAAAUAUAACUCAGCUGUAUCUAGGCCUACUUAGGCCUACUCGUCAAUCAUCAAAUGUUGCAAAUAGUGUACAAAGAACCAGGGGUAGAUUAUGUCCACAGCUUGGUAAAAGUAAAGAAAACUGUGGGUUGGUCAUAUGUCCACAAAUUUUGUUGAUGUUAUUCUUAAAUAGCCUCAAAAUAAUUCCAAACGUUUUGAAAACACACUCCGUGAAGAUUGUCCAGAAUUGUGUUUUGAACUGCGAGUAUGUCUUGGCUCAUAGGAUCAGAAGAAGUCAACAGAUAUUGUGCCUGUAUUCCAAGCUAUGGGACGAUGUUAUGCUAAGAAAUUGUUUAAAGAAAUUCAAACAAAUAUUUUUAAGGCGUAACUUUUUAUUCAUGUUUAGUUCAACCAUUUUAUCAUCUUUUGACUGGAACACGGAAAGGAUAACCGAUGAAGAUAUUUUGAGGUAUUCAGCUGAAAUGAGCUUGAUUGAAUUUUUGAGGGACAAAAGAAAAGCUUGUCUCAAAGGUAAUAGCCGUCUGUCAGAUUGUGAUUGCCCUGUAUGCACUGCAAAAGAUUCUGAGUGGCAGUCAUUUGUGGAGGAGGAUGACAUUGUUGUGUGGAAAAGAGAAGACUUUGAUAAUCAUGGAAAAGGACUUUACUGUUAUAAAAUGUAUGCUCGCUAUGAAGAUGUGACAGCUUAUGACUUUCUGGAAGCCCAAAUAGACUUGGAUUAUCGUCGGUCUUGGGAUACACACGCUGUCAAACUUCAGCUUGUAGAUUCUGAGCCAUCCACCAACAGUGAUGUUAUUUACUGGGAAACAAAAUGGCCGAAAUUAUUCAGUAACAGAGAUUAUGUGUUUAAACGGCGCUACAGAAUCGACAAAAGGCGUAAUCUAAUAUUUCUAGUAAACCGCAUUACAGAACAUCCGUCUUGUCCAGUGGUUCCUUCUAAACAGAGAGUAACAGAAUACUGGUCAUACAUGGUCAUCAAACCUACCACAACAUUUGAUAAGCCUGGAAUAGAGUUCAGUUUGACAUAUUUUGACAAUCCUGGAAUUAAAAUGCCAUCUACACUUUCUCUAUGGAUCACAAUAACUGGAAUGCCAGAUUAUCUCAAGAAACUACGGCUCGCAGCAUUAGGUAUGGCUAGUCGUCGAGGCGACAACCCGAGUCCCAUGGCUCAGUUCGGCAGUGACAACGGAGGUUUGACUACGGAAGUGGACACAGAUAUAUCAGUAACCAGCAAUACCACAUCUUGUGCCUCUACCAGGUUGAUGGAGAGCCUUAGACAGACACUCUUCUUGUUUUAACUGGUCUCAAGACAACUACAGAUCCAAUAUCUAGUCAUUAGGAUUGAGUUAGUAGGUCAUAGCGUUUAGACACGUAUAUUACAACUGUAGAAUGAACAUUUAUGUAUCAGUACAAAGUUGUUGUUAUAUUUUACAAACCAGUUAACUUACUUAGUAUUUCUAUUAAUGUACGUGUUAAUGUAUAUAAUGUAAUGUUUAUAAAAUUAUGUCAUAAAAUUAAUUUGUCACUAUUGCUUUGA